AUGCUGCCAACGACGUCGCCGACAACCUACUCGCCGCAAAAGACGACCUCGAUGUCGUCUUCACCCAAGGCCAUCAACUCGGCGGUCGCGCCCUUCCUUGCGUCGCUCUACGAGAUCCUCGCCAAGGAAGACGCCAAGAUCAUCUCGUGGUGCGACGACGGCAAGUCGUUCAUCGUGCACGACAACGACGCCAUGGAGCGCGACAUUCUGCCCACGUACUUUCGCCACAACAAGUAUGCGAGCUUCCAGCGCCAGCUCAACUACUUUGGCUUCCGCAAGCUCCACAAGGCGCGCGAGAACGACACGAGCUCUGUCUACUGCCAGCCGUGCUUUGUCAAGAACGACCCGUCGCGCAUGCUCCUCAUCAAGCGCAAGACGCACCGCCUCAAGGGCUCGACGCCGCGCAACGGGUCAACGCCGCGCAACGGCGCGCAGCGGUCGCCGAUGGCGAUCGACGACUUUGCCUUCUACCCGGGCCAGUACGGCCAUGGCAUGGACCUCGAGCAUCACAGCAUGCCGGCCUACACGCGCGCCAAGAGCGUCUCGGACCCGAUGAUCUACCUGCCGCAAAACAGCAACUCGACGCCGACGCACGGCUACACCAACAUGUACGAGUCGCCCUUUAUGACCGUCAACCCGUUUUUGCAAGUCGAGGCCGGCAACUACGGCCGGCCGCACGCGCUCUCGGACCCGGCGCUCCUCUACCAGAUGCCGAGCGCGGCGCUCGCGACGCCGGUCGCCAACCCCGACAUGCAGGUCGAGACGUCGAUGGCCCUCGAGUUUGCGACCAUGCAAGUGUGGCAUCCGGACUUUUUCCCGCAGACGACGCCGUCCGAGGACCCGAUCCCGUUUGGCGAUGCGACGACGACCGACGACGCCAAGCUCUUUACCACCGAGGACCUCCAGCUGCUCUGCGACGACCCGCUCGAGUGCUAUCUGUGAGUCGUCCGCGCUCCGUGUCUGCUGUGCCAUACUAGUCAUCUUUGUUGUUCGCGAGUCAUUUAUUACUAACCUUAUCACGCUGCCAAGCGACGUCUUCU